GAAGUGCGGAACUGCGCUCGUCAACAUGGCAACGCAAGCAGCUGACGGGUGCUCUGUUUACGAAUGGGCGCAGGACACGUUUUUCGCUUAUCGCUGCUUCUAGCACCCCGUGUGCGGUUAGAAUGUGAGCGAUUUGGUGAUGGCGAGGAACGAGCCCAUUGCUCCAUGCGUCUAUGUCCGUGGCACGAUCGCUGGUUGCAGACUCUUGAUGGGAUCGCGUCGGUGGUGCCUCAUGACCGCGUUCUUGGGCUGGGCAAUCGGACCAACUCACUGCCUGGAUAACGGCGUGGCGCUGACGCCUCCGAUGGGCUGGAUGUCAUGGGAGCGAUUUAGGUGCAACAUUGACUGCUAUAAGGAGCCGGAUAACUGCCUCAGUGAAAAGCUGUUCAUGGAAAUGGCCGACCGGCUAGCAGACGACGGAUUCCGGGACGCCGGCUACGUGUAUUUGAUCAUCGACGACUGCUGGGCGGCCCGAGAGAGGAACGCCCGUGGCGACCUCGAGCCCGACUACGAGAGAUUCCCAAGGGGCAUGAAGUUCCUCUCGGACUAUGUGCACAGCAAGGGCCUCAAGUUCGGCAUGUACACCAACUACGGCCACUCGACGUGCAUGGGCUUCCCCGGCACGGAGGACAAGGACAUGGAGAGGGACGCCCGUCGCUUCGCCUCCUGGGGGGUGGACUACCUCAAGGUGGACGGCUGCCACUCCAAUGCCACCCUCCAGAAGCAAGGCUACCCCAAGUUCUCCCGCUACCUGAAUCAGACCGGGCGUCCCAUGGUGUACUCGUGCAGCUGGCCGUACUACGACCUCACCCUGGCCAAGAUUGAGCCCAGCUUCGGGGAGCUCAGGCAGUACUGCAAUCUGUGGCGCAACUACCACGACAUCAGGGACAGCUGGCCUUUCAUCGACAUGAUCAUCAACUACUUUGGGGACCAGCAGGAGGUGUUUGCAGACUACGCGGGGCCAGGCCACUGGAACGACCCAGACAUGCUGAUGAUUGGCAACACGCGUCUGACGCCGAGCCAAGCGGAGGCCCACCUGUGCCUGUGGGCCAUCCUGGCGGGACCACUGCUCAUGUCCAACGACCUGCGCAGCCUGUCCAAGGAGGCACGCCUUCUGCUGCAGGACCCAGAGAUCAUUGCCCUGGACCAGGACCCCCUGGGGAUACAGGGCAGGAGAGUCUUCCAGGAGGACGACGUGAGCGUGUGGACGCGUCCCGUGAUGCCCAGCCUCGGCGGACGGCACUCCCUGGCGGUGGCCUUCCUCAACCGUGCCAACACGCCCGCCAGGGUCUCGGUGGUUCUGUCGGAACUGGGACUGAACUGGACGCGGGGGUACCGGGUGCGCGACCUACUCGCCAAACGGGACUUAGGCCUCAUGUUUCCCUGGGACUCGCUGAGAGCAGACGUCAAGGCCACCGGAGCGGCACUCUUCAGGGCGUCGCUGUGACGACCGUUACCAAAACACUGGUUUCCACUUGCAUUUGAACGCGAUCGACCGCAUUGAAACCGCUCGUUACAGCACUGUCCCGGGACGUUUUCAACUUGCGUGCAACCAUAGGAUGCUCCACCUGGAGCAUUAAGUCCCGCUCACACACUUGCGACCUCUUAGAACAGAGUGCCUUGGAACCUCUUAAUAUCUCUUACGAGAGGACACACUGGUGCCAUCUAUUGGGUAGCAGUGUAAACUUGGCGGUCCGGCAUAUUUUCUAUUUCUCUCGUGCAUUAUCCUUCCGUUCUUGGAUCUAAAUACUUUUGUCAACGUUAUAAACAAGUUUUUCUCAUAGGUAUGGGGCACAUUUGACCUUGGAAAUCCCGCAAAACCUUCGCUCUUGUGAAAUGCAGAUCCAGGGUCACCGCAUAGGUGGCGCCAGCGUGUUCUCUCGUCCUAAGAAAUUUUAAGAGGUUUCAACAGGUGUCGUACUCGGUUGCAAGUGUGUGAACGGGCCUCUAGCUCACUGCCUUCAAUAACAUUCGGUCACAAAAUGCAGCCAUAGCCUGGCAGAAGUCAACAAGCGCGUGCUGGAAGCGGAGCUACUACUCAAUGCUUGGCCCGCCUCUGGCCAUAGAUCGAAGGUGUUGCAGUUUUUGAGAUGGAACUCUAUUCACUAUCUGGGAGAAACGUUUGCUUAUAAUGUUGUCGAGAUUAGUUUGAGCCCACUGUGCGAGAAGGGUGUGUAAAAAAUGAAGGAAUGUACGUAGAUCGAAAGUGUUCCAGGGACACCGCACAUAGAUGGCACCAGUGUGCGCUUUCGUCGUUCGUGAUACAAGCAGUUGCAAUGCAGUCGGUACCAUUAGAGUUCAGAUGUCCAAACCAGUACGAAGGCGCCAAAGAGGCUCGCGGAGAGGCGUUUCCGAAUGCCCCGACCCGAGGGUUUGGGCCAGUCCUCCGGGAACAACCUUUUUUGUCUCGAGAUCCCGAUAGGCCAGCAGCUUACUUCACCCAAAGACAAAAAUGCCUCGUUGAUUUUCAUGCGAGAUUUCUGCAUCGCAGUUCUGGAUGUCAAUUGCUCAAACAAAACCGAACUGCCAGCUACAAAUAGAUCUCGCAACGGCUCCUUUGAGCAAAUGCGUGCAUCGCCUGAGCAAAACCAGCGUUUACGGUAUGUAGUCUUUGUCAAAAGUUUAGAGCUCACCACGGUAGUGCUGGCUGCGGGGUUAUGGGCAAGAGGGAACUUCGGCAAGCUCUACUGUGGGCUCUAAACUUUUGACGAAGACCGUUUAUAGCAGUGGCACGCUGUUGACAAUCAUAGUGUGGCCUCGCUAACAGUUGCCAAAGCCGUCUGCGAGCACUUGUUUCUGCCCGAUGCCGUCCAUCCGAGGAACAAGAGCUGCAAUAUUUUUAAAAUGUGGGAAACAUAUUAAAAGCAGCGGGUUGACCUUGGAUAUUUUUUUAACUUGCGCAGUGUUUGCACCGAAUAAAACUAGAAUGUUGCUUUCAA